AUGCAAAGGUUCGGCACGACGACUGUGGUAAUGACUAUUCCCAAACUCAAAGAGAUCGAAUACAACGGCAACUUCGAAGAGGUUGUUGAAAGGCUUUCCAGUGUGCUGACGGAAGGGGAAGAACAGCCAGAAGAAACUCUUAAAGAGUUGUUCUUGCCAAGAUUCCCUUACGAGAUAGUAAAGAGGGUGCUGAAACAUGAAAUUGCUUCUUGGGUAGAGAUCCAGGAGCAGAUGCUGGCCGAGAGGGCCCUUGUCGCAAACCGAGCAGCGACUUGGUACGAGUAUACGACUGGCACGUUCAGACGAGAAGUGGAGGGGCGUGGCGAGCUGAUCAGACAAGGCUGGGUGCGGAAUAGCAAACAGGACAAGAGGCAGACGCACAUCAAGGGAUGGAAGUCAGAACAAACGAUGCAGCAAACCAAAAAAGGGGGCACAGAAAGGCAAAGGGGUACACAGUACCAAAGGGACACUAAAUAG